UUGAGCCUCUCAAGCUCUCGUCUCUUCUUGGGCGUGUGACCAUCAUCCCAGCCCAUUAACAAGAAUUUUGGGAUGUUCUCUUGGUCUCGAUUCGACUUCAUCGUGGGACGGCCGGAUAUACGAAGCGCACUUCUGGCCAGACGUCGUUCCCUGCACACCAGAUGUUUGAUGUUUUGAGUCUGCUAACCACCCGAUGGUAGAUAUCAUAACCUGUAUUGAGAGUUACAGACUUGAAAUAACUUCGCAUACCGCGCAUAUUAAGAAUGGGAAGGAUAUGGUCCUGUAAGUGUUAUGGGUCUUCACUCAAUGGCAAUGCAUUUCAAAUUCAAGCUCCUCUUUCGUGGGAUAAACCGUCUCAACAGCCUAACCCAGCAAACUCGUUGCUAUGCCCGCGACCCAUUUCCCAAUAAAGUCUCCCACUACCUGUUCCGUGCCAAACUCAUUGAUAAGAUUCGACUAGGCCUCCGCUCCAGCACUCCCAGCUCGCUUGCGCCUCUCCUAAAUCAUCGCCUUAUCGACUCAUUCGUUGUCACUCAUGCGCUCCGGUCUGCGCCUUCUGCAGACGCUGCCCUGUCCCUGGUGGACACCCUUCAAUCAAUUCCCCAUUUCUCGCAUACCCAGAACACCGUCCAUGCGCUGGGCACAGUCCUGGCCAAGUCCCACCGGACUGCGGAGCUCAAAUCCCUUAUUGAUGCUGUCAAUGCUGGCAGGUUUCGCAAUGUCCGUGUCACUUUUAUGAACCUUAUGCAGUGGUAUGCUGCGACUGGAGACCUUGACAUGGUACUCCGUGUUUGGGACGAAUAUAGGUUGUCAAGCGAGCGUGUAUGCACCGAGUCUUGUAACAUUGUCAUGCGCCUUUAUGCUCAAACGGGUAAGGACGACUCUGAGGCCGUGCAGGUUUUCUAUAGGAUGAUAAAUGAAGGGGCAAUUCCAAAUUCUAGGACUUACAAGGUAAUGAUUGAGCACCUUGUGAACUCCGGAAAGUUAGAGUCCGCAGUGGAGAUUUUUAAAAUACUGCCCUUGAUGAGAAUUAGACGCACUUCAAAUCAAUAUUUUGUUUUGAUGGAAGGACUUAUUGGUGUUGAGCGGUUUGACGAGGUCAAGGAUUUGCUCAAGGAAAUGAUGGUUGAUGGAAUAUUGCCGGGAAGAGCCAUGCGUUUGUCAUUGAAACGUAUGCAGGAGGCAGGAUUUGUCCAAGAGACAGAUGAAUUUCUUGUAGAAAUGUUGCCGGAUGAGAGAAUCAGAAGCAUAGGAUGUAGUGAUGUCCAUAGUGAUGAUGAUGAUCAUUAUGAUGAUGAUGAUGUGGAUGAUGAGGAUGAGGAUGCUUCUCGUGGUAGUGGAGGUGACUAUGUUGAUAGGGUUCAGUUAAAACCGUGGUUAGACCCAAGGGCCUUGGCAAGUGCCUUACAUCAUUGGAGCUCUGAAGAGGUAUUAGCUCUAGAGGAUGCGAGACUGGUGUGGACAACUCGGUUGUUUUGCAAGAUUCUUAGGAAUUUGAAGUCUCCAGAAACGGCAUGGGAUUUUUUCUGUUGGGUUGCUUAUCAGCCAGGAUUUACGCAUGAUGUUUACACGGUACAAAGGAUGCUGGCACUUUUAGCACGCCACGGGCAUGUUGAAUUGGUUGAUAAACUCCUAUCCAAAAUAAGAAGGGAGGGAAUGAGAUUGUCCUUCAGCACCAUGAGGUUGAUCAUUGACUUUUAUGGCAUCUCGAAGAGAGCUGAUGCGGCUUUAAAGGUCUUUCGUGAUGAUAGAACUCUCUGUGGUCCCAUAUCAAUUUUCAAUUUGAUGCUUCUGUAUUCAUCCCUAUUACGAACAUUGACCAAGUGCGGGAGGAAUUCUGAUGCCAUGGAUGUACUUGAAGAGAUGGUUUUGUGUGGGAUUUGUCCGGAUAUUCAGACAUAUUCUGGAUUAAUGCAUCACUUUGCAUUGAAUGGGGACAUCAAAACAGUGCAGAAACUCUUUGCAAUGGUUAGGCAAAGUGGUGUGAAGCCUGAUGGUUAUAUGUUUAAAGUACUGAUCCAAGCUUAUUGCAAAUCUGAGAGAGCUGCUCUUGCAUGGAGAGUUUUUGAAGACAUGAGGAAUUUAAAUUUGAUGCCUGAUCCUGUCACCAAAGAGCUGCUAGUAAAGAGUCUCUGGAAGGAAGGCAAGCGGAGAGAGGCUGCUGCUGUCGAAGAAAAUUGUGGGCAAACAAAAGUUCUUCAACUAACAUUGCGUGGUCACAUAUGGACAGUGAGCUCUGCAGAUCUUGCAAGGGUUUAUGAUAUUUAUUCAACAUGCUUUACAUCCACAGCUGGCUAGAGUUGUGAAUGUUUCUGCUAAACCAGCAAUUAUCUGCUUCAAAGCGUCUUUGGCAGGGCAAAGCAUGGCGAUAGUCAACUUUAGCUUCUCUGUUAUCACUCGGACAUCUCCUGGGAAGCAAGAAAACCAUGGACCUAUGCUUAUUACAGGAGGUCAGGGAAGCAUUCCACGUUCUUGAGAGAGAUUGCACAAUCUCAUCCAUGGCUGGUCGCCCUGCCGGAUUUUUGUUUAAGCAGCU